UCCAAUCUACAUGGUGAUGGAAUACAUCCCGGGCGGGCAGAUGUUCUCCCACCGACGGUGGAUCAGGAGGUUCGGUGAACCUCACGCCCGGUUCUAUGCUGCUCAGAUCGUCCUGAGCUUUGAGUAUCUGCACUCGCUGGAUCUCAUCUACCGAGACCUGAAGCCAGAGAAUCUCCUCAUAGACCAGCAGGGCUACAUAGAGGUGACAGAUUUUGGUUUUGUCAAGCAGGUGAAAGGCCGAACCUGGACUCUGUGUGGGACUCCGGAAUACCUGGCCCCCGAAAUCAUCCUCAGCAAGGGUUAUAACAAGGCUGUGGACUGGUGGGCCCUGGGCGUCCUCAUCUACGAGAUGGCGGCUGGUUACUCCCCGUUCUUUGCGGACCAGCCCAUUCAGAUCUACGAGAAGAUCGUUUCUGGCAAGGUCCGGUUCCCGUCUCACUUCAGCUCGGACCUGAAGGACCUGCUCCGGAACCUGCUGCAGGUGGACCUCACCAAACGCUUUGGCAACCUCAAGAACGGGGUCAAUGACAUCAAGAACCACAAGUGGUUUGCUACCACCGACUGGAUCGCCAUCUACCAGAGGAAUGUGGAAGCUCCAUUUAUCCAUCCCUCCAUCCACAGCCCUCGGAAGAUGGAGUUUACACUGCAGGAGAUCGGGGUCUGGAGCAGCUGGAGGCAUGAGAUGGGCGGGACGCAGCUGGAAUCGGAAUAA